GGCCUGCCCAGUGCCCACCACACGCACACGACGCACACCACCAGCACGCCGACGACUGAACGAGGCGAGGCGAGCACCGGCCGGGGCGGAGGCGGAGGCGAUGGGCGGCGGCGGCGCGCACGGCGGCACCACCUACAAGGGCUACACCAUCCCGCACAACAAGCGCUGGCACACCGUCGCCGGCAAGGGCCUCUGCGCCGUCAUGUGGUUUUGGGUUUUCUACAGGGCUAAGCAGGACGGUGCUGUGCUCUUGGGUUUGCGCCAUCCUUGGGAUGGGCAUGAUGAUCACUCUCAUGGCCAUGGACAUGAACAUGAGGCAUCAUCAUCAUCAUCAUCGUCUUCUCAUUGAGUUCACCACAACUUGCAGCUGACGGUGAUGCGAUGCUUGGCAUGUUCCGACUAAAGUUUCAGUUAAUAAAUUCUGCCCCGCUGCAUGGGAGUCAUGUUGUUUGCGAGUUGCUUAGCACAAACUGUUUUUCCUGACGAUUGUGCUUAUGUAUUUGAUUUCAAGCUUCAGGUGAUAUGUUGUGGGAAAGAAUUCGGUGUAUGUCGAUUUUCGUUGUGACCACUACUUCCUGUGCCGGUUGCUCUGCUCUUGCCCAUAAGAAUCCCAAACAUCUUUGGACACAA